AUGUGGCUCGCCGGCCCCGAUCCCGCUCGUCUGCCUCGAGCCCUCGACAUGCUGCUCGCCGCGCAGGUGCGGACCUUCCUAUAUACGGCCGAUGUCGUCACCGCCGUCGAGAACUUCCCCGGCCACCGUGGCACCGUCAACGGCAUCCUGAAGUAUUCAGUCUCUGCUCUGCGUCAGUACCUAAAUGAUGUGAUUAAUUAG